AUGAGAAGCCGCUGCACCGCCACAGCAGACACAGUCUGUGCCCCCUGUCAAGACGGAUACUUCAGCAACGAGCACAAUCACAGCUUCUGCAAGAGUUGUACCAUCUGCAACACUAGGAAGGGGAGCGUGGAAGUGAAGAAGUGUGAGAAGACCUCGGACAGAAUUUGCAUGUGUGAUGCAGGUUACAUGCCAGAUGUCAGAUACACGCUCGGAAGCAUAUGCUCACUGUGCCCUGAAGGGUCUUAUUCCAUAGGGAGAAAUGAAAACUGCCAACCUUGGACCAACUGCAGCAUUCUUGGGAAAAGCACUCUUCGACCAGGGACAAAAACCAGUGAUGCCGUUUGCAGCAGCCGCGUCACACAGGCAGCUCCCUCUCAGAGCGCAACGUCUGAUUUGAAUCUUUCCACUGUGACACCCGCUUUGGCUCUUUCCACCACUAACCACCAGAAUAAUACGUCGACUCCAGUGCUCUCGCCAUCCAGACCCAGCGUGAUUCCUUUCAUUUGCCCGGAUGCCAACAGCCCCGCAGAGACUAACUGGGGUUCUUUAUCACUUAUCCUUAUUUGUCUGAUACUACUCAUGGUGAGUGGAAUGUCCAUCCUCCUGUUGAUUAUCCAAGCAGUCAAAAAAGAGACCAAGAGGAAGCCUUGUAGAAACAACCAUCGGGGCUGUCGAAUUCCUAUCCAGGAAGAACAAAUUGACUCCAAUUCUAGUCUCAUCAAAAACUGA